AUGGCGCGCUCGAAGCAGAUUGCAAGGAAGAGCACCGGGGGGCUCUCCCCGCGGAGCGCCGUGGCCGCGCAGGCUGUCCGGACGACGCCGCGCCAGGUCAUGAAGCCCAAGAAGCACCGGCCGGGCAUUGUCGCAGUGCGCGAGAUUAGGAAGUAUCAGAAGUCUGUGGACCUGCUGCUGCCCAAGGCGGCUUUCCGCCGCCUGUGCAAGGAAGUCCUUCAGGGCGCGACCCAAACAUCGAUCGAUGAUAG